CCCGCGUGUGGCCGCCGCGCGGCGCACUCAUGGACGGCCCGGCCAUCAUCACCCAGGUGACGAACCCCAAGGAGGACGAGGGCCGGGCGCUGGGCGCGGGGGAGAAAGCAUCCCAGUGCAACGUCAGCUUAAAGAAGCAGAGGAGCCGCAGCAUCCUCAGCUCCCUCUUCUGCUGCUUCCGUGACUAUAAUGUGGAGGCCCCGCCAGCCAGCAGCCCCAGUGUGCUUCCACCACUGGUGGAGGAGAAUGGUGGGCUUCAGAAGGAUGACCAGAGGCAGGUCAUUCCCAUACCAAGUCCACCAGCUAAAUACCUCCUUCCAGAGGUGACGGUGCUUGACUAUGGAAAGAAAUGUGUGGUCAUUGAUUUAGAUGAAACAUUGGUGCACAGUUCAUUUAAGCCUAUUAGUAAUGCUGAUUUUAUUGUUCCGGUUGAAAUUGAUGGAACUAUACAUCAGGUUUAUGUGCUAAAGCGGCCACAUGUGGACGAGUUCCUCCAGAGGAUGGGGCAGCUCUUUGAGUGUGUGCUCUUUACUGCCAGCUUGGCCAAGUAUGCAGACCCUGUGGCUGACCUGCUAGACCGCUGGGGUGUGUUCCGGGCCCGGCUCUUCAGAGAAUCCUGUGUUUUCCAUCGUGGGAACUAUGUGAAAGACCUGAGUCGCCUUGGACGAGAGCUGAGCAAAGUGAUCAUUGUCGACAAUUCUCCAGCCUCGUACAUCUUCCAUCCUGAGAAUGCAGUGCCUGUGCAGUCCUGGUUCGAUGACAUGACGGACACAGAGCUGCUGGACCUCAUCCCCUUCUUUGAGGGCCUGAGCCGGGAAGACGACGUGUACAGCAUGCUGCACAGACUCUGCAAUAGGUAGCCCCGGCCUCUGCCCACCUCCCGCCUGUGCACUCUGGAACCUCAGGCCUUGGGGACCUGCCUGGCCUCAGCUCCCUGGGAGCUGAAAGUGAGGACACUCCGUGCUCCAGACCACUGGGUGAAUGUGGCCAUACCUACCUGUUUUAUUUUUUAAGAACAGAAACAACUAUUUUAAAAUGAACUCUUUUAACGAAUUUCAUAAAGGGACAUGCAUUUUACUGGACUUGCUUUUCUUAAAAUGUACCAAAAAGAAAAAAAUGGGGG